CCGUGCCCCGCGCCGCCAUGCUGAAGGCCAAGGUGCUGCUGGUGGGGCCGCGGGAGUCCGGGAAGUCGGUGCUGGCCAACUUCGUUUCGGAAAGCACAGAAGGGAUUGGCAGCUACAGCCCCACGCAGGGUGUCAGGAUCCUGGAGUGUGAGAAGCCAAACGUGAACGGUAACAGCAAGGGAGCUGUGUGUCGCUUCGAGCUGUGGGAUUGCAGUGGCGACCAGAAGUUUGAAUCCUGCUGGCCAGCUCUGAUGAAGGACUCUCAUGGUGUAGUAAUAAUCUUCAACCCUGAGCUGCCCAGCCACCUGAAGGAGCUUGAGAUGUGGUACUCCUGCUUUGUGCAGCAGCAGCCACUGCUGGACAGUCAGUGCCUCUUGGUCGCACAUCACAAGCCAGGCACUGCAGGGGACACUGAAAACCUGUCCCUAGCUUCCCCUCUGAGCAAGCUGAGGCUGAUACAUUCCAACUUGGAAGAAGAUCCCGAAGAUGUUCGGAUGGAGUUCAUGAAGUACUUCAGAAGCAUUAUCAGCAUAAUAAAUGAGAGCAGGGAGAGAGAAGAGAUGUCCAUUAUCUCUUAACACGAAAAGAACUCCUGAAGAGGGAAGCAGCAGGAGUGGUUUCACUUCAUGAUGUAUUCCAGCCUGGGACCAGGUCCUUGCAACCAGAAUUUGCCAGCCUUAAGUGCCUGAACUCAAAAAGGAGUGCUGACACCAGCUGACACCAGCUGGACUGUGGUGCCCAGGAGAUGGCUGCACCACAGCACUGGGAGUAACUCGAGCUGCACUUAGGCUUCAUUUGACAUCAGAGCUACAGCAGGCUUUUGUUUAAUGUGUUGGUGUGGACCAAAAAGUUAAGAGGUGCUAGGAGCAGAAAGCCUAACACAGCACAGGAUUUGUGGGGUUCUGCUGAAGCCUCUGAGUGAGGUGCUGAGGUUAGCUGUGUUCUGGAGAAGUUAUGCUCUUGGAAGACAGAAGAAGAUAAUUGGAGUAGAGGUCUGAAAAGUGAUGGUGUGGAACCCACAUGCUUGUGUUCCUGGUUCUGAUCUCUGGCCAGAAUCUGAAAGCACCUUGACAGCAACUGCCUUGGCAAGCAGACCUUGGGACUGGGUUUUUCUUCUGUUCCAACAAAAUAAACAUAUUGUAGGGACAAU